AUGGAAGCUUUGAAAAUGAAUAACUGGAACCAUCACUCUGCUUCCAGAGAGAUUGGAAUGUCUCGAUCUGCUAAGCGUCAAGAUGAAGCCCAGUUAGCUCGUUUGGGUAAACGCGAGGUUUUGACUCGAAACUUCGGGUUCAUGGCUGUCCUUGGCUUCAGUGCCACAAUUUUGAUGACCUGGGAAGGAAUACUGAGUGGUGGUCCCGCCGGUACAGUGUAUGGAUACUUCUUCGUAUGGACAGGAUUGGCAGCAACGUAUUCUAUGUUGUCAGAGAUGGCUUCAAUGGCCCCUACAACCGGUGGACAGUAUCAUUGGUGCUCAAUGCUUGCUCCAAAAAGUACAUCGAAGUUUUCAAGUUAUGUCACGGGCUGGCUUACUGUUGUUGGCUGGCAAGCUAGCUAUGCUGCAACUUGCUACAUAAGUGGUGUAAUGAUACAGGGCAUAAUCAUCCUGAUGCACCCAGAUUACAUACCGCAUGCGUGGCACACAACUCUACUAUCUUGGGCUAUCGUGGCUUUUAGUGUGAUGAUCAAUGUUGUGGGUGGUUCUCUACUGCCUAGAUUUGAAGGGCUCAUUCUGGUGAUACAUGUCCUUGGUUUCUUCGCCGUCCUCAUUCCGCUAGUUUACAUGGCCGAUCACAAUAGUGCACAGUAUGUGUUUACGACCUGGCAGAAUAGUGGAGAGUGGCCUACACAAACUCUCUCGACCUUUGUUGGCAUGAUUGGAACAGUGUUCUCAUUUGCUGGCGGAGAUGCAGCAGUGCAUAUGGCUGAAGAAACAAAGAACCCGCAAAAGCUCAUCCCCGUCUCACUAAUGUCUAGCCUGCUGAUAAAUGGCAUCCUAGGGUUUGCCAUGUUACUUGCCACUUUGUUCUGUAUCGGAGAUCUGCAGGCUGCCAUCCACACACCAACUGGAUUUCCUUUCAUAGAAAUCUUUUACCAGGUAACAAAAUCGAGAGGUAGCGCUUGUGCAAUGUCCUCCAUUAUGGUCUUUUUGCCCAUUUGUGCUAUGACUGGCGUAUUGGCAACAGCUUCUCGGCAAUUCUGGGCAUUUUCGCGUGAUCGUGGCGUUCCAGGUUGGCGCAUUUGGAGCCGAGUCUCAGAGAGCACAAAUAUACCAGUCAACUCCGUAUGGCUAACGGCGGUCAUUUCCAUGCUCUUGGGACUAAUCCCACUCGGCUCAUCAGUAGCUUUCAACGACUUGACCUCCAUGUCGACCUCUGGCCUAUACUUGUCGUACAUAGUCUGUUGCAUUCUUCUACUCUGGCGACGAUGCACUGGUGGAAUCAUGGAGAUGAAUGAUUACCGAAGUCGUAACAGCUCCGGCGUCGUGUCAGAAGCGGAUGAAGAUAUCAUCAACACGGCCGGUGCAAAAAUUGUCUGGGGCCCAUUCCAUCUUAAAGGCAUUUUCGGAAUUGUGGCGAAUAUAGUUGCCAUUGCAUACCUGCUUAUUGUCACAUUUUUUAGCUUUUUUCCACCAACAGCAAAAAUCACUGCAUCAACGAUGAAUUACAGCGCUUGUGGAACAGUCGGGGUCAUGCUUCUCAGUAUUUUAUACUACGUUCUCAGAGCGAGAAAGGUAUUUGAAGGGCCUAUCAUUGAAUUAUGA